AUGGAUCCAAGUUUAGUGCUUGAACAAACGAUACAAGAUGUUUCUAAUCUACAGGCGGAGUUCCGUUUCAUCUAUGAGGAAAUCAGUUCAGCUGAUUCGAAAGCAUUAGAAGAGAAGAAGAAAUAUAUGCAAAAGGAUUCUCAAAUACAUAAGUUCAUUAAGCAACAUGGAUCGACCACAGUUCAACCAGAUGAAGAUAAACUAUACAAAGAGAUCAAUGAAGGCAUGAAGGCUUGUGAGGAAUUACAAAACGAAAAGUCUAUAUUUGCUAAUACAGCUUUAUUCCUUGUAGCCAGACAUUUGUCCAAAUUAGAAAAAAAUAUAGCAUUACUGGAGGAAGAUGGGGUCUUAGCACCUUUAGAGAAUGAAAUAGAAAGUGGCGUGGAGUUGUCAAGGGAGAGUUCUGUGGUGAGUACUACUCCAGGUGAGAGGAAAAGAAGAGGUACAUCAUCUUCUGAAACAGGCCCAUCUUUGAAGAAGAAGAAACAAAGUCGUACAGCAUCUGUACAGAGAGGACAAAAGGAAACUGAGCUGAUCAAAGCCAGUGAGACACCAAAGACGAUGAUUUCAACAAAUGUGGAAAUUCCAAAAUACAAUGAUGAUUUGUUCGCAAACUCUAAUGAUAAUGAAGAUGAAGAUAAAACCCUGUAUUGUUUUUGUCAAAAUGUAUCAUAUGGUGAAAUGGUUGCAUGUGACGGUCCUAAUUGUAAAUAUGAAUGGUUCCAUUAUGGUUGUGUUAAUUUGAAGGAACCUCCGAAGGGAACUUGGUAUUGUCCUGAUUGUAGACAGGAAAUGGCAAAGAACAAGCUGAAGAAAAAGAAAGUUUAG